GUGGGUGGAGUGCUCUCUUUCUCCGAUGCUGUCUCAAUAAAUUUAUCAUUCCCAGCUGGUUGUGGUUUUAGUUUUGCAACACAUUUUACCCAUAGCUCAGCUAACUUGGCAGAGCUGCCACAGUAUGGUCAGUGGGUAGUCUCUCAUGGCUUCCAUGGUGAUCCAAACCUCCUCAACUUCUACUCCUCCUCCUCCACCUUUGAACCAUCCAAUAAAAUAUGAUGUUUUUCUCAGUUUUAGAGGUGCGGACACCCGCACAAAGUUUACAGACCAUUUAUACAAGGAAUUACAUGUUCGGGAAGGCAUCCCCACCUUUAGGGAUUCUGAAGAGCUCGAGAAGGGAGAAGACCUUUCACAACUCUUUGAGGCAAUUGAAAAAUCGAAAAUUGCAGUUGUCAUUCUUUCAAGUAACUAUGCUUCUUCGACAUGGUGUUUGAGAGAAGUUGCCAAGAUUGCCGAAUGCAGAAAUAAGACCGGACUCAUCGCUUUGCCGGUAUUCUAUGAGAUCGAACCAACCCAGGUACGAAGCCAGACAGGAAGUUUCAAGAAAUACUUUGAUGAACAUGAAGAGGAAUACAAGGACAGCAUAGAGAAGGUCGAUAUUUGGAGGAAAGCGUUGACUGAAAUAGGUGGUCUCUCCGGAUGGGAUUUAAAAGACAGGUCGGAAACCUCUGUUAUUGAAGAGAUAGUAAAAUGUGUCGAGACAAAAUGGAAGCUCAAAUUUAAUCCUGCAUUCUCAAUUGAGGAUUCCAAGGAUUUUGUUGGGAUGGAUCGUGUGAGGAAAAUCGAAUUGGACUUGGAUAUAGAGGCAUUGGAUAAAAUCGGUGUCAUUGGAAUUUGCGGGAUGCCAGGAGUAGGUAAGACAACAAUUGCAGAACUUGUGUUUCGAAGAAAUUGGCACCAUUUUGAAGCUAACAGUUUCCUUGCUAAUGUUGGAGAGAUACGUGAGACGAAUGGAUUAUUGCAUAUACAGAAGCAACUUUAUCGCGACUUGUUGGAUAGCAAAGUUAUAACUAUGAAUGAUGUCCCUGGGGAAAGGAGAAAAUUGCUUCACAAAAAGGUGCUUAUCAUUCUUGAUGGUGUGACUGAGUUAGAAUCUGUUGUUGAGCUAGCAGGAAGAGGUGGUGAAGAAUUAAUCAAUUGGUUUGGUCGAGGCAGUAGAAUCAUUAUAACCGCAAUAGAUGAAAAGCUGUUGAAGGAUUAUGAGGCAAAAACACACAAGGUUGAGACACUUUCUGAAAAUGAGCCUCGUGUGCUCUUCUUCCGGAAAGCCUUCAACAAAGACCAUCCUCUGCAUGAUUGUACUGAGUUGGACUUCAAGUUCAAGAUAGACCAUACUAUGCGUCAGUAUGCUGAGUUGGCUUACAAAUUUGUGGAUUUAACUGACGGUCUUCCUUUGGUUAUUGUAGUUUUGGGAACCUUGUUAUUGAACAGAUCUUUGGGUGAAUGGGAAGCUCAACUUCGCACACUAGAAGCUAAUAAUGAUGCUAAUGAUGAGAAAACUUUUGGGAUUCUUAAGCUAUGUAUUGAUGGAUUACGUGAUUUAGGAAAGGAAAUUUUCUUGGACAUUGCAUGCUUCUUUAAAGGAGAUGACAGAAAACGUGUAGAAAGGAUAUUUGAAAGCUGCGGCCUCAAUCCAGGCAUUGAAUUGAACAUUCUCGUCGAGAAAUCUCUAGUGAGAAUUGUGGGAGGAAAAUUGUGGAUGCAUGAUUUAAUACAAAAAGCUGGCCAUAAAAUGGUUAUUCGAAAAUCCGAAUUACCAGAGAAUCGCAGCAGAUUGUGGGAUCGUGAAGAAGCCGUUUCGGUACUUAAACAUAAUAAGGGGACAAGCGCUGUCAAAGGUAUUUUCUUAAGCUCACCUCAACUCUGCAAAGUGCGAUUGAAGGCCGACUCAUUUUCAAAAAUGGACUUUCUUAGAUUGUUGAAAAUAAAGAAUGUGAAAUUUUCUGGAUGCCAUGAAUACGAUCUUUCAAAUAAAUUAAGCUUCUUGGAAUGGCAUGACUUUCCUUCAACAUUUCUGCCGUCUGAGUUUGAACCGAAGAAUCUUGUUGAACUGCAGUUGCCUCGAAGCCAAAUAAAGCAGUUAUGGGAGGAUAAUAUGACGCCUCCUUUGGAAAAGUUGGUUGUAAUGGACCUUAGUGAUUGCAAAGAGUUGACCAGUACCCCAGACUUCCAGUCAGUGCCAAAUCUUGAGAGUCUAGUUCUCAAAGGUUGUAAAAGAUUGUCUGAGGUACGCCUACCCAAUGGAGAUCAACUCCAAAAGCUCAUUUCAUUGAAUCUGGAAGGUUGCGAAUCUCUUAGUAGUCUUCCCAACGGUAUCUGCAGCAUGAGAUCUCUCGAAACUUUCAUUCUUUCGGGAUGUUCCAGACUUGCAAAUCUUCCGGAGAAGUUUGGGGAAAACAUGAAACAAUUAUCCGGACUUGAUUUGGAGGGGACAGCUAUAAAAGGGCUACCAACAUCAAUUGAGCACUUGACUGGUCUUAUUCGGCUCAAUCUAAAAGACUGCAAGAACCUUUUAAGUCUGCCAGCUGUCAUUUGUAGUUUGACAAAACUUCAAGUUCUCAACCUAUCUGGCUGCUCAAAUCUUGCUGCUUUGCCAGAAAACCUGGGAAGUUUAGUAGGUUUGAAGGAACUUGAUGCAAGCAGAAGUUGUAUAAGACAAGUACCUUCCUCCAUUCUACUUCUGAAGGACCUUGAAAGUUUAUCUUUCUGUGGAUGUGGAGGUUUGCCGCCAUCAGCAUGUCCCAUGGGUUUGCAGUUGCCUGCUUCAUUCUCGGGAUUAGAUUCUUUGACAAAAUUGGAUCUAAGCUAUUGCAAACUGUCUGGUGGAGCAAUCCCUGCUGAUCUUGACUGCUUAUCUUCACUUAAUCAUCUAAAUUUAAGUGGGAACAAUUUAGUGAGUGUACCGGAAAGCAUCACUAAACUUUCUAACCUUGAAGUCCUUCUAUUGAAUGAUUGUAGCGAGCUUCGAUCAUUACCACAUCUUCCACCAAGUAUACGACGUGUUUUUGCACGGAAUUGUCCUCUGCUCAGAACUUAUUCAAAUAAAUUAACUGUGAUGAGUUCAACUGCUACAGGAUUUUGUUUCAUAAAUUCCCAAAGUAGUGAAGAACGUAAACUUCAGAGGAUUCCGAUAUCAGAACAACGUCUUCUGCGGCCUCAUUUGCAAAAGUUCUAUGAGGAUAUAAUUUAUAAAGGUUGUGGUUUUGAAUAUAUUACUCCUCACACUGAAAUUCCAUCAUGGUUCCGUCACCCGGGUAGAGAGUCGUCUGUAACACUCCAGCUACCUCUAGAUUAUUUCGAUGGCAAACGUGAGUUGAUGGGACUUGCUCUAUGUUUUGUUUAUGAAGCGCAGGAGCAUGAGAAUAUGGAAUCAACAGCUUCUAGCAUCUCGGCUGAGGAAGUAAAAUAUAGUUGCAAUUACAGUUGUCGCUUGUCCACAUAUGGAGGUCCUCAUGAUGACUAUCCCCUCCUCGUGUGUAAACUCAUGGAUCAUGAUUAUGUUGGAUCUUUUCGACAUUGGGUCUAUAUAGCAGGAGGACUGUUUGCAGAAAGGUUAAUCAAACGCUCUGUUCGAGCUGAAGUUAUAAUCAACAGACCAGGGGUGAAAGUGAAAGCCUGUCGGGCAAGUCUAAUAUACUCUGGAGGUGUGACAGAAUUUGUUUGGAAUUUGAAUCUCCGUGAUGAAAUUCAUGUGAGAAAUCUGUCGAGUGGGGAUCAAAAGGAAAAAUCUGACGAUCAGUUUAAUAAACAAGAACAAGAAACUGUUUGUGAUCAUCCGCUGGAACUAAAACAUGUACCUGUCCAAUAUCAGGCCCAAAUGAACCGCAUGAUCUCAUUGUAUGAUACUAAACGAAGUAACAAGCGAUCCCUUGACCAUGAUGCCGGAUCAUCUAGUAGAGCCAGCAGCAGCACUGAAGAACCUCAACAAAGAUUAGAAAUAUCAAAAUCCAACGAUCAGUCCAACAAACAAGAGCAAGAGACUAAUUAUGGUUGUGCUACAGACAAAAGAUUCUUGAUUGAAAUUGAACCACACACUUCAAGAGAGAGUUCCACUUCAACCACGAUCUUUGAUGAUCAAUUGGGAACAAACGUAGAGUCAUUCCUUGAGGAACUAUUUGAGCUAGGAGGCAAAGCACGUCGCAACGAUUUAGGUUUCAUUUUCCCUCUCCGAGCAAUUUUGCCGUGGUUUAAUCAUCAAUGCAUUGGGAAUGUAUUCAUUCCAGAAAAAGAAAGAAUUGGGAGUUCAGUAAGCCUACCUCUUCCUCUAGAAUUGUAUAACAAUAAGGAAUGGGUAGGAUUUGCUGUAUAUGUGGCCUUCACUCUGCCUCCAGGUGUUUCACUUGAAAAAUCAUGUCGCUUCAAGUGUGUAUUGUAUACUAGUGAUGGACGUUUUCAUUGCCUAAAAUUAUUGGCGGCUUGUGAAGACAAUUUUAGGGGAGCACAUCAACUCCUUGUCAUCCACGUACCACGAGGGCGUUUUAAGAAACAGUCGAAUCAGUGCUGGGGAAUUCGUGCUGCUUUUGUGUCCUCAACUCCAAGUGUGGAGGCUGAGAUGUGUGGGAUCCGUGUAGUAUACGAGAAAGAUUUGAAAGGGUUAAUCCAAACAAUUACCCAAUGCACCAUAAGAAAUCCGCCUGCAGCUUACUAUGGACUUGCUCAUAUAUACGUGCCAGAUGGAAGAGAGUCAUUCAUGUUAGCUAUUAUGGAGGAUAAUUUGAUUGAAGCGGCUAAAUCCAGCGAAAGGACGCUUUCAACCUUGCAAGAGCCUUUAACAGAUUCAAAGUUCCUCAGUGGUCCACAAAUUUAUUUACAGAUAGAGGCUGGAACUCCAUACAUGCCACUCAAGUUCAAAGAAUCCAUAGUUGACUGGAAAAAAAACCUUGAGCUUUUGCUUGAAUGUUUCUUUACCCUUUCUGAUCUAUCUAUUAAUCUCACUCUUAACAGAAGCAGAACCUCUUUCUCAAGGGAUUUUGAUCCUUGCUCUGGUAUUUUCCUUCAAAAGGAAAUUUCAGAGUGGUUCAUACCACAAUAUCCCUCUGAGAGUAUGGUGUUGGAACUUCCUCCAAAUUUGGAAAAUGAUGUGAAUUUCAUGGGACUUGUUGUAUGUGCUUCCUUUUCAGUCCAUGCCUCUGAAGCUGACGUCCUCAAAUAUCUGAAACCAGGACUCCAUCCCCAGCUUACGUGCCAUUUCCAAAAUUUGAGUUCUGAUCAUUCUUAUGGUCUUAGAGCUCCCAUGAUUGAUGCCAGUCUCGAGAACAAAUUCAUGUGGUUAUAUCGCAGAGGAUUCAUUUGGCAGGAAUACCUACCCCGUGACUUAUUUAAGGAUCUGCUGCAUAAAGAUACUUCAGUCAAGGUUUCAUUUAGGAGUGAUUCUUCCCAACUCUUGGAGGUGCAGAAAUGUAGCUUCCGCAUCUUAUACAAGCAAGAUGUGGAAAAAUUCAAGCAUAUAUUAAUACAGUGCUUUACCUCCUUCUUUGACAAUGACAAUGUCAUUCGAGCAUAUUUAGUAGAGGAUUCUGGAGAUUACAUGCAAGCCCUUGACCAUGAUGCAGGAUCAUCUAGUAGAACUGGCAGCAGUACUGAAGAACCUGUUCAAAUAUUAGAAAGAUCAGAAUCCAACGAUCAGUCCGAUGAGCAAGUGCAUGAAACUAAUUCUGACCUUACACAUGUAGCAGAAUGUGGUUAUGCUUCAGACACUAGAUUCUUAAUUGAAAUUGAACCACACACUUCAAGAGAUAAUUCAAGUUCAACCAAGAUUGUUGGUGAUCAAUUGAGAAAAAAUGUAGAGUCAUUCCUUGAAGAACUGUUUGAGCUAGGAGGCAAAGCACGUCGCUAUGAUUUAGGUUUCAUUUUCUCUCUUCGAGCAAUUUUACCGUGGUUUAAACAUCAAGGCAUUGGGAACGUGAUAGGUGUACCUCUUCCUUUAGAAUUGUAUAACAACAAGGAAUGCAUAGGAUUUUCUCUAUAUGUGAUCCUCACUCUGCCCCCAGGUGCUUGGCUUAAAGAAGGUUCUUGUUUUAAAAUUGUGUUGUUUACUGAAGAGCCAAGGUAUUGCCUAAACUUAGCGCCCACUGGUGAAGACAAUUUCAUGGGUUCACAUCGGCUCCUGGUUAUUCACAUACCACAAAGACAUUUUGGAGAACAGUUGAACCACUGGAGUACCAUUCGUGCUUCUUUUGAAUCCCUUAUGCCAGGUGUGGAGGUUGAGAUGUGUGGUAUGCGGGUAGUAUACCAGGAAGAUUUAAAAGGGUUAAUCCAAACCAUUACCAACUGCACAAUAUGCAGUCCCUCUGCUUACUAUGGACUUGCCCAACCAUUUGUGCCGGGAAGGUGGUCUGAAGUGCUCACACACAUGAGGAAUAGUUUGGUUGAAGCAGCUAAAUCCAGCAAGAGGAAGUUUUCAACCUUGCAAGAGCCUUUAACAGAUUUAAAAUCCAUCCAAGGAAUUCAGUUAAUGAUACUUGCUGUAACUCCAUUUACUUCACUCAAGAAAACAGAAACAGUAGUCAAGUGGAAAAGAAACCUUAAGCUUUUGCUUCAACGUUUCUUAACCCUUUCUGGUCUAUCAAUAAGUCUCAUUCUUAGAGGAGGCAGAAUUUCUUUCUCAGAGGAUCAUAAUCUUCAUACUGGUAUUUUCUUUCAAAAAGAAAUUCCAGACUGGUUUUCACCACACCACUCUGCCAGUAUGGUGCCCGAACUUCCUCCAGAUUUGGAAAAUGAUAUGAAUUUGAUGGGUUUUGUUGUAUGUGCUGCCUUUUCAGUCCAGGCCUCUAAAGCUGAUGUCCUCAAAUAUCUGGAUUCAGGACACCAUCCCGAACUUAUGUGCCAUUUCCAAUCAAGUUCUGACUAUUCUGGUGUAGUAGUUCGUAAAAUGGUUGGCAUCAGUCCGAAGAACAAAUUCAUGUGGUUUUAUCGUAGAGGAUUCAUUUGGCUGCAUUACAUACCCCGUCACAAUGUUGAGCAUCUCUUCAAUAAACUAUCUGAACUACAGGUUUCAUUUGAGAGUGAUUCUUCCCAAGUAUUGGCGGUACAGAAAUGUAGCUUCCGUUUCUUAUACAAGCAAGAUGUAGAAGAAUUUAAGCAAACAAUAAUAGAGUGCUUUACCUCCUUCUUUGACAACGAGGAUAUCAUUAAGCGAUAUAUAGAAGAAGAGGACUCUGGACAUAAUAAGUGGCCAAAUCAUGGAGAUGAGAUGGGACCAUCUAGUACAACUGGUGGCAAUAUUGUCAUUGAGCAAACUCACAAUGAGAGAUUAGAUGUACCCAUAACUGAUGGGAAGGGGAAAGGCCCUUCUGAUGUCUCCUCAGUUGAAGCAGAUGAGAGAGAUUAUUAUGGAACUACACCUGUUUGUCAGGGUGAAACUAGUGGGAAAGGCACUACACCCGUUUGUCAGGGUGAACGAGGUUCUGCAUCCAGUACUUCUCCGGAGCUAAUGCCAUUUUUCAUUGAAACUGAACCUCCAGCUUCAACGGAUUCAAGUUCAACCGAAGUUACACGGCAACUGAGAAUGAUAGAGUCAUCGCUUGAACAACUAUUUCAGCAGGGGGGCAGCGCACGCCACUAUAAUUAUGGCUUUAUUUUAUCUCCUAGAGUCAGAGCAGUUUUGCCGUGGUUUAGUCAUCAAAGCAUUGGGAAAGAAGUAAAAAUUAAUGCUCCUCCGGAUUUGUAUAAAGAUAAUAAAUGGGUAGGCUUUGCUCUAUAUGUUGCCUUUACUCAGUCUCCAGGUUCACAUAGUUGCUCCAUGUGUAGUUUGUUUGUCUUCCCAGGACAUUCAGUACAUUCCAUAAGCACAUGCAUCGAUGAAGACCAAUUUUCCGGAUCACGAAGACUUUGUUUCUUUCAUAUACCACGUGCGCGCUUCCCUGAGCAGUGUGAUCAGUGUCCUGUCAUUUUUGCUCGGUUUGAUUUCUUUAGCCCAGGUUCGGAGGUUGAAAUGUGUGGGAUCCGUGUAGUAUACGAUGAAGAUAUAAAAGGGCUAGUCCAAACAAUUACUCAGAGCACUAUCAGGAGUCCUCCGCCUGUUUACUUCUCCCAAGAUGAAAAAACAGAAAUUUUUUCCCCAGGGAGGCUUGUGCUGCCCAUACAUAUGGCCUCGAGUUUGGUUGCUCACUCCAAUGCCUGCAUCCUGCCCACACGAAGCGCACAAAGUCCACUGGUUCCAUCCAUGAAAUUUGGUAAAGUAAACUUGGUCAUACAUGGUGACACUCCAUUCAAGAAAGAUACAACCGAGUGGAGAAGAAACUUUGAGAUUUUGCUUCAAUAUUUCUUCAGGCUUGAUCUAUCCGUAGAACUCGUUCUCGAAGAAGACACCAUCGCCUUCUAUCAGGAUUGCUUCAAUCAUGCUUGUCUUUUCCCUCAAAAGAAAAUUCCAGAUUGGUUCAAAGAAAAAUCUCACACAUCUACGUAUGUGUACCCACUUCCCCAUGAUUUGGAAAGUGACAACAAUUGGAUGGGACUUGUUGUAUGUGCUGCCUUUUCAGUACACCCACUUCCAACUGACCUUGGCAAUUAUAAGGACUCAGAACUGAGUUCUGAUGUUAAGUGCAAUUUUCGGUGGAGUUCUGAUCCUUCUCGAUUCAUUUCUAUCAAUGAGGGUGUGUUCGGCGUCAGGCCAAACAACAAAUUCAUGUGGUUAUCUCGUAGAGGAUUCAUUUGGCUGCAAUUCAUAUCUGGUGAAAUUUUUAAGUUUGCCAUGGAUAAACACCGUCGUCAACUAGAAGCUUCAUUUGAGAGUGGUUCCCCAGCUUUGUCGGUACAGGAAUGUAGCUACCGAAUCUUAUACAAGCAAGACUUGCAAGCAUAUAAGCAAACAAUUAUACAGUGCUUCGCCUCUGUCUUUGACAACUUGGAUCACAGUCUACCAUAUAAGGAAGACGAUUCUCGACAUAACGAGGAGCCAAUUCAUGAAGAUGAUCAGAUGGACUCUUUAGGAACUACAAGCUUUUCUGAGGACACCCCCCAUGGAAGAGAAACAACAGUGGUUCUUCCUGAGAGUGAAACCAGUGGAAAUUCCUUUAAUCGUUUCAACAGCAUACUGUUUGAGCCCAUUUUGUACGACAACAAAACGGCAGUAAUUUUCGCUGAUUUUCGAGGAUGGGAAGAAUGAGAAGGUAAAGCCAGCCCGAGGUGUAUAUCCAGCACAUGUAUGUUGGUGUUCAGAAAUUCGGUUAGACUUCUUAAUGCUCUUGCAUCCGCCAUGGCAUAUUUGGGACAUUCUUGUAUUCGCAGGUGACAGCUAAAAAGAAAGGGAGGUGAAAAGAAGAAUUAGAAAUACGCCGCAGUUUGUCUGUUGUAGCCUUGUAGGUGCUUAGUUUUUUACCUAAUAAACUUUGUGAACUUGCUCUUGUUAUUCAUCAGCUACCAAAUUCCAGGAGUAUGAUCUCUCUUUGAUUUAUCAAAGUGACUGUAUGUCGAUGUCAAAUUUCUGUUAGGAUUGAUGAAUAUUUCUUCUCUGUUUUCA